AUGGCGGAGGAAGCAGAAAGAGCCGUGGGGGAAUUUGGCCCCCCAGUGGCAACUCCCUCAGCGAUCCGACGUCCUGCUAUUGCAGCCAACAAUUUUGAGAUCAAACCAGCCAUGAUCACCAUGCUGCAGAAUUCAUCUGUAUUUUGUGGUCUACCGAAUGAAGAUCCCAACAUCCAUCUUGCGAUAUUUUUGGAGAUUUGUGAUACGUCCAAGUUCAAUGGAGUAACUGACGAUGCGAUUCGUUUAAGGCUUUUCCCCUUCUCCUUGAAAGAUAAAGCCAAGCUUUGGUUACUGUCACAGCCACAAGACUCCAUCCGUACUUGGGAUGAUUUAUCUAAGAAAUUCCUUGCUAAAUUUUUCCCACCAGCCAAAACUGCAAAAUUCCGACAAGAUAUCAUGUCAUUCGCUCAAUAUGAUAAGGAACCUCUAUAUGAAGCCUGGGAACGAUUCAAAGACUUAUUGCGCAAGUGUCCUCACCAUGAGCUACCAACCUGGAUUCAAGUUCAGACCUUCUACAAUGGGUUGAGUCAAACAAGCAGGACACUAGUUGAUGCAGCUGCUGGAGGGGCUUUAAUGGCAAAAACGGCUACCGAAGCAUUUGAAUUAUUGGAGACCAUGGCAUCCAACAACUACCAAUGGCCAAGUGAGAGAAUGAAUCUGAAGCCAGCUGGGGUCUUGGAAGUCGAUGCUAUGGCUUUGCUAACAGCACAAAUUUCUAACCUUACUAAAAAAGUUGAUUCUUUAAGUGUUAAUUCUAUAAACACUAGUACUAAUUUUGGUUGUGAACUUUGUGCAGGCCCUCAUCCAAGUUCAGAGUGUACCACAGGGAACCCAUUUGCGUCUGCUGAGCAAGUCAAUCAGGUUGGAGAAUUGAAUCGACAAAGGAAUAAUCCUUAUUCCAAUACAUACAACCCCGGUUGGCGAAACCAUCCAAAUUUUUCAUGGAGCAAUACUCAGAAUGUGCAAAGACCACCACCUGGCUUUCCGGCUCAAGAGAAGAAAAUAAAUUUGGAAGAUGCUCUUACUCAGUUGACUAUGUCUACCACCCAAUUCAUGACUGAAACAAAAACUCAAUUUCAGAAUCAGCAAGCUUCUAUUCAGAAUUUGGAGGUGCAAGUUGGCCAAUUAGCUAAUGUCAUAAGUGGAAGAAACCAAGGAGUAUUUCCAAGCCAACCUGAAGUUAACCCGAAAAAUCAAGAACAAGCAAAGGCAAUCACUCUUCGCAAAGGGAAGCAAGUAAAUACAGCGAUCGACUUGGAAAAAGAAGCAUUAGAGAAAGAAAAAGAAGCUAAGAAGUUUGCGGCAGAAAUGGGGCAUGCAUUUUCACCACCAAUCACCACCACAGAAAAAUCCCAAGAAGAAGAAAAUUCUAUACCAAUUCCUUCUCUUCAAUUGAAGCCAUAUGUCCCACAAAUCCCUUUUCCACAGAGGUUGAGAAAAAAUAAAGUUGAUGGGCAGUUUGCAAAAUUCUUGGAGAUGUUCAGAAAGUUACAGAUCAACAUUCCUUUUGCUGAAGCUUUGGAACAAAUGCCAAGUUAUGCAAAAUUCAUGAAAGACAUUCUCUCCAAGAAGAGGAAAUUUGGAGAGCACGAGAAAAUCCAACUAACAGAAGAGUGCAGUGCCAUCUUACAACGGAAGCUUCCACCAAAACAAAAAGAUAGAGGGAGUUUUAAAAUUCCAUGCACUAUUGGAAAUAAUUUCUUUGAAAGAGCUUUAUGUGAUUUGGGUUCUAGCAUUAACUUACUACCUUUAUCUGUUGCUAAAAAGAUUGGUAUUGGUGAAAUUAAACCCACUACUGUUUCUUUGCAGAUGGCGGACAGGUCAAUCACAUACCCAGAUGGAAUUAUAGAAGAUGUCCUAGUAAAGGUUGAUACACUCAUAUUUCCGGCGGAUUUUCUGGUUUUGGAUAUGGAAGAAGAUUCUGACACGCAGCUAAUUUUGGGCCGCCCAUUCCUGAUUACUUCACGCACUCUGAUUGACGUAGAAGAAGGCUUACUAACUUUGAGAGUUGGGAAUGAACAAGCGACAUUCAAAGUUUUUGAAGCAAUUAAAUUUCCAAGAGAAGCGGAGGAUUGUUUUCACAUAGAAUUAAUAGAUGAAAUUGCUUCAGACACAUUUAAAAAGGAGAAUCCGAGCCAUCCAUUGGAAUCUACAUUGGUCCAUGCUGCUACCUCUGUGAAUUCCACAAGCAAUAUUGGGAGAUUCUAG